AUGACUGAGCCCGUCGAAGUCAGAGAUUCCGCUCAGUCCAAGCCAGUGCAUCCGACACCUGAUAACACUACUAUCUCUCCUACAUCAGGACCAGCUCGCAAAUAUCUGACCUUGGGGCCUUUGAAGAAACUCGAUCUGCCUCAUCAUCCGUCGUAUGAUAAUGCUAGUUCUGAUCAUCAUGUCACUCUAGCCCAGUUCCUCGACGAUAUUCUCAACGAGGUACAAGGAAUCAACUUUGACGAAGGGUUUGAGAAGCGUGGGACCUGGAGCCCCGACAAUGGACAUGUGAUGAUGCCGCCACUGAAUGCUACAGGGAACAGCGAUAUGGUUACAGUCCCAGUCUCGGUCGAGAAGCGUAUCAAAGACUUGAACCAAGCCAGUUGGAUGGCUAGAACCUCUACCCACAGCAACGCUCAUGUCAGAUUCUCUGAGUUGGGCGAUCUUUUGGCGAAAGAUCACAGCCGCAACGAAGCUGCAUAUACCCCGAGUGUUUUCGAUGCUGUCGAGCUAUUAAGUAUCCCAAAUGUUCCAUAUGAUGCCCAAGUUACGAUGAACACUCACAAAGCAGAGAGUCUCUCUGACCUCGCUUCGUCUUUUACUGUUCAGCUUCCAAUUGAUUAUGCAUCAUUUGGCGAUGUCAAGAUCAUGCAAGAGAGAAGUCGGAUGGAAACGAAAGGAUCUUCGCAACUCUACCGGUUUCCGUCGGACACAGGGUCAGGCGCAACACCUGACGCGAACCAGAAGCAGCGACAGGGGAAGAAGCUGACAGAAGGAACCUACGUCUCGUUGGAGAGGCUGAUUGGCGCAUCGAAGACACGUGUCGAUGGGGAUGCUGCGCAGCAAGCAGAGUCGCCCGAUAACGACCAUCAUCGUUGGGAUAUGAUGACGUUGAGUACGGCGGGGGGCAUGACGAAAAAGGCACCGAAGGGCAUCCAGCAGAAGGAAACGUUGGAGGCGAUCGCAAUGGAUGUGGAGUAUGUUCUAUCGUAUAUCGCGGAUCAAAGACGGAAGAGCAGGACUUGA